ACAGAACGCCAGUCUAAUCAGAAGACAGAGCCAGGGUAGAGUGUAACCUCUGUUCUGGCAUAUUCACUAGGGGUAUUUUCCUCAUGGCCCUGAAGAAGAAACUUAUUUUUUUAUGGACAUUAGUUCUAUAUUUGGUAGCCAGAAGAUUGCCCAAGGCAUUCGGAAAAGUUCCUGUUCCUCGGGUGCCAACUAUCACGGAUCCGAAAUUUAUAACUGCGUUCGUCGACAUCCACAAUGAACUGAGACGCAAGGUUCAUCCCCCAUCAUCUGAUAUGAAUCACCUGACUUGGGACCCACUACUGGCAAAAGUAGCUAAAGCAUGGACUAGAGAGUGCAAAUUUUCUCAUAAUCCCUGUACCUCAAAACGAUAUGGAUGUCUUCAGGAUUAUGACUUUAUUGGAGAAAAUAUAUAUUUGGGUGUAUUAGACACCCGACCCGAAGAUGUUGUUACUAGUUGGUAUAAUGAAAGUAUGGAUUAUAAUUAUGAGCAUAAUACCUGUCUUAAAACAUGUGGUCAUUAUACACAGGUAGUUUGGGCAAAAACAUUUAAACUUGGUUGUGCAGUUUCAAAUUGUCCUCAUCUCCUGAGACACACAGCUGGUCUAUUUGUAUGUAAUUAUGUACCAGCAGGAAAUAUUGUAGGCUACAGACCUUACAAGAGAGGAGACCCCUGCUCUUAUUGUGAAGAAAAACAGUGCAUGAAUGAUCUCUGCUAUGCCAAGACUGGGAAAGCACUUCAGCAGAAAGCAGAAUGCCAUCUACUUGUUCUUGGUUUUACUCUUCAUAGGUUACUUUAACUAUUAUUUCUAUUCAGAAGAAAAUUUUAAAUGCUAAAAUAAAAGACUAUUUUUCUGAGGAGUUGG